CGGCAAGGGAGAGGGAAAUUUUGCACGAACUCUCUCCCUCCCACCAUCGUCCUAUCCCCAUGUCUCAGCACAUGAGCGACUGCUGCUCCAGCCAUUUUGUCCUUGACACAGAGCGAAUCUCGGCGAUUUACUGGGAUUUCAAUCAGCGCCACGCGUCAGCCACGGGGUGGAUCCGCCGCCAGGAUCGUUGGACGUUUGUGUACGUCAAUCUUCGGGGCGACGAGAAGGAAUAUUCGGUCAAUGCCUGGGCAAUGCGCGCUUUUGUCGAGCAUAACAUCACGAUCCACGACCCCAACUCGAAGGUUAUCACUCGGCCUGUGGGUUACGACGAUUUCGCCCAAUCGUUUAACGACUUCACUGGGUCAGAUCUCCGGUUCAGUUUCUUCGAGAUUGGGACUGAGCGCUGGAGCUUCAACACCCAAAAUCCGAUCCCCAACUUCACGGAUUUCCAGGUCCGCCUGGAGGACCUCUCGACUCUUCCCCCUGGCUUGGUACUCGUGCCUAUCGAGGAGCGCGAGUUCACGACGACAUCCGCCCUGGAGACGCUCAUGCGGCAGAGCAAAGGCCGCAAGGACGGACAGAACCGGCGUGAUUCCAAGCACCGGGACGAGGAAGCCCGUCAUGGCGGCGGCAAUGGUCCCGCCCGCUUUUCUGACAUCCACUCGGCCGCGGCGCGCGAGCGGUUUGCUGAAUAUGCGAUCCUCCAGAACAAGCGAGACGAAGAAGAUCGGGCGCGUGUACGCCGGGAGCGUCGGCUCCUGGAAGAGCGCCAGCGUAAGGCGGCGUCCCCUGGGGGUCCGUCGAAUGGAGUGUCGGACUCCGGGGAUCACACUGGUGCCAUGGAGGGCAUGCAGGAUUAGCCUGCCUCGAGAAGGCAGUCUAGAGGGCGUAUGUAACGGUCAGACUACGUAGGCCCGCACAGUUUCCUUUUUUCUUUGUUUGACUACUUAUCUUGCUACUCUUCCUCCGUGUCUGUGUACUUACCCUUUGAUCCCAUCGCUACACAGCCACUCUGAUUAGGUGAUAUAGUAGUCACAUGGUAGAUAAUUUCUUCAGUG